ACACACCGCCAGGGACGUUAGAGCGAGUAGAAGUUUAAUCUUAGCCAUGACUCUCGGCAAAACAGGGAACUUCUGGGGCGCUCGUUCUUUAAACACGUCUCUGCGCAUGCGUCACACGCGCGAGUCAUGUGACUCUAUUGCCGUUUCUUCGGAGCGGUUGGAGGGGAGCCAGGCGGACCCGCAGCCGAUUGGUGCUCAGGAUUCAUGCCGAAGCCGAGGGUCCCCUGCAGAGGAGGAGCUCGGGUGCAUAGAGUUCUUCAUGUCACAAGUCAUCACAACUCAUUGUAAAAAAAUAAAAAUAAAACAACUUAAAUACAAUUAAAUAAAUACUCUUGACAUUUUUGAAUUUAUGUCUCAACUCUUUUGAUUGACCAGCGUGGUUUUGGAAACAGGAAGAGCUAAAAAUAGAACCGCAAUGUGCUGAACUUUGGUCUGCUUCUAUCACAAGUUUUUAUGUGAAACUCCUGUAAGAGGAAGUUGGACAGUCAGUCCAGGAAGAAAAUAGAUAAAAGAAGAAAAAAAUGUCCAGCCGCUUCUGAUGAAUCACUAACAACUCCAUCAAAGUCUUAUUUCCAUUAUUUGUCAACCUCAUUUCCUUUGUUCAGACAGAUCUACUUUUUAAACACUAGAACUAAAACCUUUUUAUUGGACUUAAACCACCAUGUACAGACUGAAUGUGACUAAACCUAGUGAGCAUUUUCAUUCUGAGCACUAAAACUAAGAUGACUGCUCUGCUAUACACUAUUAAACUAUCUUUCUUUUGUAAUACAUGUGGCAGACUUAUGUAAUGACAUAACCGCCUGGUGCCUUUUGAUCUGACAUGUUCAAUAACGGACAGCUAUUGAAUGAGAAAUACGGUUGUUGUUGUUUGAGUCCGGUGACCCGGGUCAUGUCCAGCGUCGUCUCAGAGGAGGAUCUCAUCUUUAAAGUCCCUACAAAACCCCACCAGACCGGCUAAAACAGGUUCAUCAGGUGGGACACUGAUGAAAGGAGUUAUACAAUUGGGAGGGCUUUAACACUGGGAAGACUGUCUGGGAAAAGUCCUGUGAAAGGUGUGGGAAACAAUGAAUGAACAAUACCUCAGGCUAGACUGCAUUGACGACAGCAAUGACGUGUGUUUCACUUGCUGUCAGAUGAAAACCUUUGAUACAUUUAAGUUGGUUCCUUUGGUUAAAACAGUAUGUACUGAUCAUUACAAUCUGAAACACUUGAAGAUGACUGCAUAUUAAUAACAUAACAAAUGAGACAAAAACAGGAAUCAUCUAAUCAUGAUCAUAAUGAAAUAAAAUCAUCUUGUUAAAUUGCUCUGUAAUCUUGUAUCUUUGUGAUUAUAUUGUUGCUUUUAGCUUGAAACUCUACUGUCGCUAGACAUUUUUGUCAUCACUGGUUGUUUAUUUUCUACUCCAGUGUUCAAAUUCCUGUCUCUACAAUACAUGUUUUCUGCUGCCGCUCAGGGACUACAGAUUCAAACCGACUCUCAUAUGAGCCUGUGCAGUGUUCCUGUUUAAAAAAAAAAUCAUUUUAAUUCUCUUAUCUGUUGAAAAGCAGCAGGUGAGUCAUGAGGAGUGUGGAAGAGGCAAACUUCCUUGUGAGGAGGAGACUGCCGGCAGGUGCUUCACUUCCCUGUUGCCUGCUCCCUCACAGCAGCUCAGACAGUGGUCAGUGUGGUCUUCAGGCGCAUUUGAAGAGCAAUACCAGGGAUGCUGUACACUGAGCUCCUGCGUCUCUGGGAUGAGGCGGUCCAGGCGGUGGACGCUCGCGACUGGCAGACGGCCUUGAAAAAGUUCCAGCAGAUCAGUGAACCCACGUCUCGAACCCUGUUCGGCAUGGCAUCAGUGCACCUCUGUCUGGAACAGCCAGUUCAGGCGCUAAAGGCUUUAGAUCUGACCAUCGCCAAAGAUGAGCGACUGGCUGUUGGCUUCUUUCAGAGGGCUGCGGUGAUGAUGAAGGUUGGCAGGUUGGAGGAGGCUCUGUCCGACUGUGUCUGGGCUCAGAAACACAUGAGAGGGAACACGCUGAUCGACUACAACCAGCUGGGCCUCAGGUUCAAACUCUACAGCUGGCAGGUGUUGCACAACACAGCUGCUGUGUACUGCUUCAUGGGCCAGUGGGACCAGGCCAGGGAGAUGCUGCUGUCGCAGGCUCAGGACAUCCGGCGGGUAGGGAAUCUGGAGGCCACUCUGGAAUCGGUUCUGAGGAAGGAGCGCCUGACUCCCCUCCAGGUGCCUCAGGGGACGGUCUUCCGUCCAAGGAAACAGGAUGUGGAGCAGCUGAAGGAGAAGGACUACCUUGGGAAAUCAAAGGUCAUUUCUUCCAUCAUUCCUAAUGAUGACUUCGCAGGAUUUGAGCCAAACAGGAUGCAGAAACCUGGUUAUUAUCAGCCCAAGACAGACGGCGGAAAUGGCUCCCGCUACAUGAGGAUGGGGGUGCCUUACAUGGCCCGAGGACCUGGUCAGCUGACGGUGCCAGGGGGGGCUGUGGUCUUCCUGUUUGGUGAAGAGGACAGCGAUGGGAUGGUCACUGUCAUCCAUGAUGGACAGAGAGGACAAGUGCCCUUCUCCCUGCUCAAGCCUGAGGACGUCCACACCAGAAAAGGCAAGAAGGACAAUCAGAGAGUUCCGAGUGGGAUCCCACUGCCGCCAGGACUUCAGCCGCCAACGCGACCCAAGUCUCACCCUCCUACAGCCGCUCCUCCUCAGAACACGUCUCCACCAGCCUACGCUGAUGCCACCUACACACAGCUCCCGGGGUUUACAGCCAACGCAGCCAGCAACCAGGACGCCAGCCCCGGCUCGUCGUCACUGCUGGUGAAGGUUCACUACACAUACACUGUAGCGCUGUCCGUUCCUGCGGACACAUCGUGCCGUGAACUGAAGGAACAAAUAGCGCAGAAAUUGGGCCAGCCUGCUUCUAAUCUGCGCCUCAGGUGGAGGCAGCAGGGCUACCGGGCGCUGAAGCCUCUGGAGGUGGAGGGGCAGCCCUGCAGGUCACUACUGGAGGUGUCUGAGGCUGGCAGGGCAACCCUGUGGUGCCAGAAGGAGGACCCCACCGUCAACUGCCCAAUCCUCUACCAAAUGGUGGCGCAGUAUAACUACGUAGCCCAGGGUCCAGAGGACCUUGACUUCGCUGAAGGAGACACCAUUGACGUUCUUGGAGAAGUGAACGACGAGUGGCUGGAGGGACACUGUGCGGGACGGAUCGGCAUCUUCCCCAGCUGCUUCGCCUACAAGGACGAAGGCACUCAGGUCUCACAGUUGUGAAGCCAACAGACGUCUGAUUUCGGCAACUGCGUGGCAUGUAACUAAUUUCUCUAGUGAAAUUGUUUCAAAUCAUCACAGUUAUUCUGAGAUCGUUGAGGGGUGUGUGUUGCUUUUGUCAACAUUGACAAUGUACUGUGUUUUUAUUGCUGUUUUGUAAAACGUUUUGAAAUAAAAUGGAGCAACCAGCUCACACGACUUGAUCAUCAACUCCCCACCGUACCAUGGUGGAGCGGCAUGAGAGCCCACUGACUCCUACAGAUAUGGCAAGUGCCAAACGCCGAGCGUACUCUUCAGAUGAUUGUUUCUUACUAGCCUAACGUGUUU